AUGGCAAAAGUUAAAUAUUUUAUCUAUCAUUUAUUACUUGAACAAUUAUUUCUUAUAAUUCUAUCCAAUAGAAUAUUUAUUGAAGGAUUUAAAAAAGAUUGCACUGUUCAUCAACAAAAGGACAUCUCAUGUCAUGUGUUAAAAAUUGACUGUAAAAAUAGUUUAAUUGAAAAUUAUAUGAAUAUACCAUUGGAACAAUAUCCGGAGGAAGCGCAUGAUUUUAGAGUUGAACCAUUUUCAAUAAUGGAGACAAGUUAUGAUUCAACAAAAUAUGUUCUUAAUGUUGGAAUAUCAUGGCAAAUGCCACCAAUACCAUCAACAGAAUAUGUUAAAGGUUUUUUAUUAAAUGUUGAAGAUAUAUCUGAUGAUUAUGAAGAAGAAAAUUUUUGUUUCUUUUUUAAUACAUCACAAACAAAAUGGAAUAAAGAAUUAAUUAAUACUUCACCAAGAUUUCAAUUAACAAGUGAUAAAGAAUUUUCAUUUGAUAAAAAAUAUAAUAUAUCUUUAAUUACUUUACCAUCAUUAAAGUAUAACAUUAAAAAAAUAAAUACUGAAAUAAAAAUGCCAACUAAUCCAGCACAUUUACAUGCUAUGCAACAUUUAUCACCUAAUUGUACCAAUUAUUCACAUCCAUAUGCUAAUAAAUGGACAGCUGGAUUUCAAAGUAUAACUGUUCAUCCAAAUUCUAGGACAAUACAAGUAAUUUUUAGAGGUGCUCCACCACAAUAUUGUUUUGAGGGAUAUGAAGUAAGAUUAAUGGAUGCAGCAAAUUCUGAAGUUGUUUUUCAUACAAAACUUCGUAUAGAAGAAAUGAUUAUUGAAAAAAAAGGUCAAGAUACUAUAUUUAAAGGUAUUGUUAAUUUUACUAAUGCUGAUUUUGGUGUACAAUAUACACCAUCAGUACUUCCUAUUGAAACUGCUAGUGAUGGUAGAUGUUUAUGUCCAGUAAAUGCUGAUGAUCCAUAUGAUAAAACAAUUGUAUGUUCAUGUAUUGCUGCUGAGGGUCAUCCUGUUAUUAUGGAACGUCCUAGUGCACCAUCAAUUGAUUGUAAGGAUUGUUAUAAUCAAACAAUAAAACCAGUCAAAGAUUUAGAAUUUAAAGAAUAUCUAUUUAAUUGGUUAAUAUUUUUACCAAUGUUUUUUGUUACAUUAUUACUUGGUUUAUUGGCAUAUUUUAUAAUUAAAUGUUACCAAAAACAACGAGAAAAUGGUAAAAUUGUUAAUAUACGUUUUGUUAAAGAUAAUAAUGAUGAAUGUUCAAAUGAAAAAGAUAAAAAUAUAGUAAAUGAUAAUUGUCAAGAGAUAUGUAAAAUUCCAUUAAUUAUGGAUAUUAAAAAACGUAUUUUAAUUAUAUAUAAUCAUGAUUGUGAACAACAUGAUACAACUGUAUUGGCAUUUGCUAGCUAUUUAAAAGCAUUCGAUUUUGAUGUUAAACUUGACAUUUGGGAUAUAGAUGAAAUUUCUGAAAAUAUAAAUGAUUAUGUCAGUUCAUCAAUUAUUAAUUCUGAUAUAAUUAUUGUUAUUAAUUCUGUUGGAGCUUAUCAUAGAUAUCAAGCAAAGAUAGAUAAAGAAUAUUAUAUUUCAAGGAAUAAAAGUUCACCACUUGAUUCAUUAUUCUUGUCACAAAUUAAUCAUUCUAUUGAACAUGGAAGAAUAAUUUCAGCACGUUUUCAAUAUACAUUAAAUGAGAAUAUUAUAAUACCAUUAAGGACAAAUCUUCAAUUUGUUUUACCUGAAAAUGGACCACCAUUGAUAUCAAAUAUUAUUAAUGCUAAAUCACGUAAUGAUCCAAUUUUAAAAUUACAUAAAGAUAAAUUAGAUAAAAUUAGUGAUGCUGUUAAAGAGAUGCAAAAUUAUAUACGUAAAAAUCCAAAUUGGUUUAUUGAAAGCCAUCAUAAGGUACCUUAUAGUUAUGAAUCUCCACAAAAAUUAAUUAAGAAUGAUGAUUUGUCUCAGAAGAUACCUAUCUCAUCAGAAUUAAUACCAAAUGAUACUGGAAUAUUUAGUGCAACAGAGGAAACAUCUCUUUUAUCAACUAAUGAUGAUGAACGAAUAGAAAUGGAAGUAAUAUUAAAUAAUAAAAUUAAAGAAUCUAAAAAUUGUCAUUACCAGACUUCAUCACUUAUUAUUGAUUCUGGUGUCAAUUCAUUAGUAAUAUGUUCUGAAGAACAGGAUAUAUCAGAAAAAGAAUGUAAUAAAAAACAUUCUUUACCUAAUUCAAAUAACUCAUUAAAUUAUCUCAAAAACGAAUGCUCAAAUCUCACAAUAAAGGAACCCUUAAAACACUUAUCAAAUGAUAGUGGUAUGAUUUCAGAUCUCAAUAAUUCAAUUUCUGCAACUUAG